CUACGAUUCCUCUCGCCGGAAUAUCGCCAUAACUUCCGGUAGUACGGAAAACAAUCUGUCGAGGUUUGGAUCUGAAACCAUUCAAGAUUUUAAGCUGUGUUCUUGUUUCAAUGGGAGUGAAGGUGGCAACUGGGUGUUUGAAUUGGUCACAACCUUCGAUUUCACACUCAUCAUCGUCUUCUUCUUCUUCACCACAAACCCUAGCCUCUGCAAUUUCAUCACCUUCUUCGAAACGACGUAGUUUAACCGACGUCCCGUUGGUUUGCCGGUACGUUCACCGGUCGACGGUGUUUGGAAAGAAGCUCAAUAGAUCUCGGUCGUGUGGAACCCUGAAAUUAUCGAAUGGAAAACAGUCGAUCAAACGCGUUGUAAGUGCGAACUUAGAUUCAGAAUUCUCCGACGAGGAAUUCUCGAGGGAGAUUCAAGAAUUGGCUCUCAGAUUCCAAUUUUCCGAUGACGACGAGACUGAUUCAUCGGAAAACCACGAUGUAUCGGAUUCAGAGCCAGAGAUUCCAGACCCAUUUAUUAGUUCAAAAAUGGAACCACCGCCGGAAUGGCCGGGGGAUAUGAUUCCGGCGAGCAUAGAACGAAAAGCAAACAGCAUGGAACUACCAUUUUCCUUACGAAUCAUACAGAAAAAGAAACAAUGGGAAGAGGGCUUCAUGGAGGCAGGGGAAUCUUUAUCUUCUUACUGUUCAAUGAAGAAAGCUUUUUCAUCAAUGGUGUUCAUAAUUCGAGAGCUUCAAAGCUACACUCUUCAAAUGAGAGAAGUUCUGUUCUUCGAAGAUUUACAGGGGAUUUUGGUCAGAGUUCAGAAAGAAAUGAAUGCAUCUUUCGUUUGGCUUUUCCAACAAGUUUUUUCUCACACACCCACUUUAAUGGUGUACGUAAUGAUCCUUUUAGCGAAUUACAGUGUUUAUUCGAUGUCAAAUAACAUCGCCAUCGCAGCACCACCACCGCCGCCGCCAGCGACCAUGGAAUCGGUUUCCGCCAUUGAAGAUCAGACAGACACCAAGUUCGAUUCUUUAAAAACCCAGUCUUUUUCUGUAAAUUCCGGUGGGAAAACAACCUCAAUCGGUGGCAUCAAUGGCGGAGGUGGGAAAUCCAGACCGUUAACCAGCGGUACAGAUGGUGACGGAAAGUUCGACGAGUCUAUUGAACAUCACAGAACAGUAGACCCGAGCCGAACCAGUGAGGAAUCGGUUUCAGGUCAGUCGUAUCAGGUGGAGGAAUGGGCUUUAUGGCACUGGAUGGUGGCUGAAGCUGAUAAGAUGAUGGAACCGAUUGGAUAUAGAGGUCUUGAUCACGAAACCAUGCAAAGAUUUGUGUCGCCGGUGACGGCAAAACUCGCCGGAGAAGUAGAUACAGAAGAUUACUCGAAAACGGAACUUCUUUAUGAAAUGGGUCUAUCAGAAGAACCAACCAAUCCCCUUCUUCUUGCCAAUUAUGCUCAGUUCCUCUACCUCUUCGUCCAUGAUGAAAGCAGAGCAGAAAGCUACUUCAAAAGGGCUUUAGAGAUUGAGCCAAAAGAUGCUGAAUCAUUAAGCAAAUACGCAGGCUUUUUAUGGCAUGCUAAACAAGACUUAUGGGCAGCUGAAGAGACCUAUUUGGAAGCCAUUUCUGCUGAUCCUGAUAACUCGUUUUAUAGUGCUAGUUAUGCACAUUUUCUAUGGACCAACGGCGCCGAUGAUACUUGCUAUCCUCUUGAUUGACUCGCCGGAAAAUGUCAUUUCCGAUAAGUUUUAACCACCACCACCGCCGGCGGCGGCUUCAAAAUAUAAUUCAUAGAAGAAAAAGGAAAUAAGUUUCCGGUGUAGCUUGGUCUUUUCCAGAGCUGGAAUGGUUAAGUUCAGAGUAAUGGUGGCGUGUUAAGUUGUAUAUUGGGUAAUGAGAGUUGUAUGUUGCUCUGGAUUCAGUGAUUUCUUUUCUUGAAAGGAUUCAUCGGAAGAAAUUUUUUGUGCAUGUUUUUAAAUAAACAUUAUGUGAAUUGAGUUUUGGAUGAUACCUUGGAGUUUAGGAUUGUCAAAGGAUAAUUUGUUUAUUGAGUUUAUUAAAAAGUCA